AUGCGCCUGCGAUGGAAGGCAUGGACAGGCGCAAGCAGAACAGGGAUACCACCAUUGUUAGCAAGAUACAUUGGCACAUCCGAGGAUUGGCCUGAACUUCACCGACGCACACAAAAUAUCCAGCAACAUCCGGUCGAAAGGUUCGCGGGGCAAUUAUGGGGAAACAAGCGCAUGGUUGAGGACCCGACAGAUCUGCUUCGUGCCAGAGCGUCACUUGAUGGAAACAAAGCGCCGUCAUGGCCACCCGGAUUUCAACAGGUGUCAGGUGUAUACCAUCCCAUUUCUGCAGAUCAAUCUGUGUCGCUACUGUGGGGUGAACAACUCGGCUUCCAAAAACGCUGCAGUCGCGGAAUCAUCUCUGUUCCUCCCAGCUUGCUGAAAACAUCACCUUCCCUGAAAUCUGGAUUGGGUGGAAAUGCGGUAUGUCUUGCAUACGGGAUCUUGGCGCGAAACAAGGGUCUCGAGCCAGGAACACUCAUCUGCAACCUUCGAGCAAAGAAUUCGUUCCGUGAAUUCGAAGAAAGCGGUCUUUGGCCACACCCGGCGAAAACAUUGCGUGGGUACUAUUACUCGGAAUUCAAUCGAACAUUUUCCCUUCUUGGCUCGUCGUAUGUCACGGCUGCAACUGAACUUGCGAUUUUACUCGCUGAUAAGGAUUAUGCCUCGAUUGACGGGUGGCUGAACUUGAAUUUUGAGCAUCAAGACUUAUCAUUUAAUCUCGAGGCGCAUUCUCUGGGGGCAAGUGACGAGGAUUUACGGCGGCUUUAUCGGGGCCAGUAUGCAGUCAUGCUUGCUAGUCUGUGUCUUUAUCGAAAGGGCACUUGGAUUCGCCCGGAAAUCACGGUUUUUGAUGCAGUAUGUAAAUUCGAAGGGGUAGAGCAGCCGACCUGGGCAGCCUCACCUGAAAUCGAGGUACGAAGACAGCGGGAAUUAGAUGAACACGGUCCAGAAUUGCGACGAAUCGUGGACGCGGUGAUCUGA